CUAAAAACUAUUGUACAUAUGUAAUUAUGUUAAAACAAAUUCAACCAGCCAUGGUAAUAAAUUAACACAGGCACUCUCCAAAUAAAAUUCGAUUUUAUAGUUUUGGUCGAAAUAUAAGCUCAUUGUCAAGACACGAUAAAGUCACUUCUAAACUGUUGAUUCGUCAAGCUGAUCAAUUUAAGCUUCAUCUUAAAACAUUUCAGAUUAUUUAAAUAAUUUUAGAAAACUAUCAACCUUUAACAAUCAAACAUUGACACUAUCAAGCUUCAAAGCUGUUAACACGCUUUUCAUCAGAUAAAUAUGAAACUUUUCUGUUUUUUAAUAUCAUUUGUUUUUGUAAAUGUUGCGGCAGAUAUAACAGCUUAUAUGAGGGAGGUUGACAUGACAAACAGAUACAUUCAUAGCGCUUUUGAAUAUAAAAACAUUUUGGUUGCAAACGGACUGGAACACGUAAUUAAAACACUUGUUCACGAAAAUCGAUAUACAAUGAAUCAAUUGAAUUUUAUGGUCGCUGUACCAGAACGUGCAAGCCUUACUAACAAUAACAUACAGGAAUCAAUAGGACUGCAGAUAGAUAUGCAAUUUGAAAUACAAAUUGAAUUACCUCUCCUAGUGCUCAUUGCUCCAAGCCAACACCAUAGAAAUUUAAAUUUGACCAAUCUUGGAAAAGUGAGAAGAUUUUUUACUGGAAACGCUUUAAGAAAUAUAAUUUUAAAUGAAUUAGCUGCAAAUGAGCCAAAUUGUUCGGAAUUGUGUCAAUAUAUAGGACUGUGGAUGAGUACAAAAGUCCCAUCGUUAUAUACAAAUAUAACUGAAAUUGUCCCUUAUAAUGUUUGUAUCUUACGGGAUACAGCCGGUCAUAUUAUAAAAUACAGAUCCUUCGGCAGUACAUAUUGGCAGGUAGACGCCGAUGACAUUGACUAUAAAAUAAUAAAACUAAAAGAUCAAGUACUUGAAGGAGAGAUACCAGUUACCACCAUCGGAUAAUUUUGACCAGAAACCAAUAGUAUAACUGUUUAAAAAUUAUAUAGUACUGGUGUCAAUUAAUUUAAUCUAUUUCAUAACAGAUCGUUUUGCUUCCAAUUAUAAAAACAUUUAUUAUGUAUUAUGUUGUGCCUAUGUAUUAUGUAUGUUUGUUACUGAACAAAAAACAACCGAAUGUAAAAAGAAUAAUUAUGGAGUUAGGCUUAAAUGUUAAGGUAAAUUUUAUAUUAUAAUAUAUGUGUAUUAAAGUCGUACGUGUGUGC